AUGACGAUCCGGGCGUUAGAGAAGGUGUCAGUUGGCCAGAAUGGCAUCGGUGCCUUCAUCCUACAAUGCAAGAGGAUGGACAUUCACUAUUGCGACCAUUCAGGGAGCUCUCGAGGCAUGAACAUCUUUAUCCGAUCAAUGCUUCAGAAGUUCGCCGCAUCCCACCCCCAGAUCGAAUUUGCCGUCUCUCCACGGCCGAGGAAACACCCCGUCAUGAUCGGUCACUACAUCAACGGCAAUCAAAAGUCAAUUUGCGUGAAAAACAUGGAGCCCACAGAGAUUUUGAAGAAGGCGGAACUGUUGCGAGACGCAAGCGGGGAGAAGAUCAAGCGAGUCAACAAAUCCGUUAAGAGUAUCAACCCGAGUGUUCGUGGCAUAUGGAGUCCUUACCACGGCAAGGGGAUUACUGUAUGA